UACAUUGGGCCUGAACAAAAAAAGGCGCUCUCCUUGACCAACAUUCAUUUUAUCUACUCUCUCCAUCUCAAAAGCUCUCUCUGACAUUUAUAGAUAAAAAGCUUACAAGGGUUUAUCAGAUUACUGUGGAAAAUUGGAGAUGGCUGGAUUGAAGCCGUUCAUAGCUCUGGUUGUCAUCUUAACGGCCAUAGGAGGGAAAUGGGUUGGAGCCCAAGUCAACCAUGUGGCUGGAGGUGACCGCGGCUGGAACCCAUCUUCGGAAGUCGGUUCCUCGUCCUCCGGCAGAAUCUUCAGGGUGGGAGACAAAAUCUGGUUCACCUACUCGGCAACGCGUGAAAGCAUUGUGGAGCUCAAAAGCAGGGAAGAAUUCGAGUCGUGUGAAGUAAACAACCCAAUCAGGAUGUACACACACGGCUUUGAUGGCGUCUCUCUCAGGGAGGAAGGGAUCCACUACUUCGCAAGCGGGAAUCCUGAAAGUUGCAGAAAAGGCCUGAAGCUGCACGUGGAGGUGCAGCCUCAACAUGAGAUCCAGGCUGUUGCUAUAUCAGAGGCCAUGGCAGCUGGGCCCACAACCCCUUCUGCUUCAGCCCAUCAUGAUGGACUUUCUUAUGUGUUGUUUGUUGGAUCAUUGCUUUGCUUUAUGGGUCUCUAGAACCCACUUGUACUUAUUUAACACUAUUAUUAGGCUUGCUUUAUUUCUCUUAGAUGUUGUGUGGAAGACCUAGAAAUUAUGAACCAUAUAUUAUCUUGGAUUAAUGCGCUCAAGCAUGCUUUGAAAGCUCUUCGAGCUUCCCUUGGUUUGACAAUUAUAUGCAUUAUAUAUAUUUAUUUAAAAGAAUUUAUUUUUCACCUUUUAAGAAA